AUGCAUGCUGGGUAUCAUUUUUCACUUUUGAGUCUGCUGUCAUUUCAAGUUCUGGCCAAGCCACUCAACUUGAGGCGGCCCCGAGUCAACGAAGACCAAAAUUCAACCACUUCCUGCUAUAGUUCCCCCCAGGGAAAUAGCCAGGUUGUCGGUCGAACUUACCAUGGAGAAGCCACUACCUGGAACGCCAGUUGGGCUACUGGGAAUUGUCUAUUUCAAGAUUGGCCUCAACCCAAAGGACUGGGACCAAUCGCUAUAGCUUCAAACCUUUGGAACUCGUCCAGUAUUUGCGGCGCUUGUAUUGCUAUUACUGGACCUGGUGGAACUCACAAAGGAGUCGUUAGUGAUCAAUGUCCAUCUUGUAAAGCAGAUAGCUUAGACCUCGGUCCGGAUUUAUGGAAAGAAGUUAGUAAUGGACAAAACCCUGGAGUGCUUCCAAUUACUUGGGAAAUUGUUCCGUGUAACUUUUCGAAGCCGAUGGAGUUCAUCAAUAAGGAUGGAGUCAGUAAAUAUUGGAAUUCUGUUCAAGUGGCCGGUGCCGAUGCACCGAUCAAGUCUUUGGAAGUCAUGCCGAUAUCUAACGCAAGUUAUGGAGGGACUGCCAGGAAAUCUUGGAUUAGAUUGACAAAGCAAUCCAACUCUAACUACUUCCAACCCGAGUCCGGAAAGGCCUUGGGGGAAUCGGCCGAUAUCAAGGUUACAUGCGACAAUGGAAAGCAAAUUAUCACGAAGAAUGUCGAGUUGGACCAUCCCAGAAACACUACUAACGCGGUCGGGAACUGCUGA